UGAGCGCGACAAUUCGAACACUUGCAGCAACAAGAGCUUUCGUCAGCGCACACUUUAUCGUUGCGGUACAUAAGCACUACUUAGCGCUGUGAUAAAGGAAGAUAAAGGAAAAGAAACGCGUCAAUGAAGACUUGAGAGUUGAAUGUCAUGAAGACUCUUGCUUUCCACCGCCUGUUUUUAAUAGUGUGCGUGUUGAAGCGUGUAUAUGUGCGUGUGGCGUCGCCUUGUAGAAAUUUUCGAAAAUAGUACAAAUACUGAUAAACGCUGCGUGGAGCGACUCAGAUUGCGUCAAACGUUCGGAACGGCAGUGUAUCUUUGCGUCAGUGGUUCAACAAAUCAGUGAAUCGUCACAAUUUUCGUUGCUUUCUUUCUAUUCGCUUUGCUUUCUGUUAUUGUGGCCUUUUGUGAAUUGUUAAACUAUUGCAGCAAAUAGAAAAAUUGCAGAUCCUCAUUAGUUGGCCUAAGUGCAAUUUAAAUAUUUAUUUUGUUCAGUCGAUUUUUUUGCUCCUCUUUGUAACAAAUUAAUUUUAUUGUGCUAUUGUAAAGCAGUAGUGUUUUGGUUUUGUGUGGAAAAUUGUUGUGCUAGGCGCGUACUUGAGUGAUAAGCGACGGAUUUACACGUAAUACCAGAAUGGAGCCAGUGAAGACCAUACGGAUAUUCAUCGCCGCUAUUGCUGCAAAUAUCUCAGCCUUUGCGGUGGGCACUUGUCUCGGUUGGACGUCACCAAUGUCCCCGAAACUGAAGGCGCAAGAUCCAACUGACUCACCACUCGAUCGUCCCAUCACCACAGAAGAGGACGCAUGGAUUUCAUCGCUCGUGGCAUUGGGUGCUUUAAUAGCGCCCUUCGUUGCUGGUCCACUCGCCGAUAGAAUUGGCCGCAAAUGGGUAUUGCUUUCAAGUUCGGUAUUCUUUGUGUUCGCCUACAUUCUUAUGAUGGUCGCCAGUGAGGUUUGGAUUUUAUAUCUUGGACGUCUCAUACAAGGUUUCGGCGUGGGCUUUGUCAUGACAGUGCAGCCAAUGUACGUUGGUGAGAUUGCAACUGAUGCCGUACGUGGCGCUACUGGCUCUCUGAUGCAAUUGUUCAUUGUCUCUGGCAUUUUGUAUGUUUACGCUAUUGGUCCAUAUGUCUCGUACGUAGCACUGCAGUGGUGCUGUUUAGCUGUACCGAUUGUCUUCGAUGUUAUCUUCUUCUUCAUGCCGGAGAGUCCUUACUAUUACGCUGGUAAAGGUCAAAAAUCAGAUGCCCUGAACUCACUCCAAUUCUUGCGUGGUCAAAGCAUGGAUGUUGUACAAGAUGAGAUGACCGUAAUUCAGGGUGAAGUCGAGGAGGCUAUGGCUAAUAGGGGUACCGUUGUCGAUCUUAUUAGGAAUUCGGGCAAUCGUAAGGCGCUCAUCAUCUCUGCCGGUUUGAUUAUUUUCCAACAACUCUCCGGUAUCAAUGUCGUGCUCUUCAAUAGCCAGUCGAUCUUCGUUAGCGCCGACACCGGUUUGGAUCCUGCCGUAGCCGCCAUCAUUAUCGGUGCAGUUCAAGUUGGCUCUUCUGGUAUGACACCCAUCAUUGCUGAUCGUUUGGGCCGCAAAGUGAUUUUAUUGAUUUCUGCAUUCGGCAUGGCCGUCGGUUUGGCCGCAUUGGGAGCUUUCUUCUACGUACAGCAAGUAGUGGGUGAUGCCAGCAGUAUCACUUGGUUACCUGUACCAGCUUUAGUUGUCUUCAACAUUGUCUACUGCAUUGGUUUCGGUCCACUGCCAUGGGCUGUCUUGGGCGAGAUGUUCCCAGCCAAUGUUAAGUCAGUGGCGUCUUCGAUAGUCGCCUCCACUUGCUGGAUCCUUGGUUUUGUAGUAACACGUUGGUAUCCCGCACUGGACGCAUUGGGCUCAUACUAUGCUUUCUGGUUGUUUGGCAUCUUCUGUGUUGUAGCAUUCUUCUUCACACUUUUCGUUUUAUUCGAAACCAAGGGACUGAGUCUGCAACAAAUUCAGGACAAAUUGAACGGAAAAAGAUCCAACUAAUGUGGGAAAUAAGGGAUUAUGUGAGAUAUUUAAUGUGUGAAUCUAUGUGGGCAUAAUUCUAUAUGCUCUUUGUUCCUUAUUAUAAUGGUGAUAGCCUCACGUGAGGCGCCUUUCAGUGCGGUGUUAUGGGUUACUGUAUGAAUUCGCUUCAAAAAGUAUUUUUGUCGCACACCUACUAUAUGUAAUCUUAAAAGUAUUUAUAGUCUGUAAGCACUUCUAGAUGAAUUUAUUAAAUAAUUUUAAAUAUAUAUACAUAUUUAUGCAAUAAAA